AUGGUUGAAUGUACAGGAUGUGAGAAAUGGUGCUGUUACGAGUGUGUGAAUGUAAAUAGCUCCGAUGAUGUAGCCGCCAAAGAAUCGUGGAUGUGUUCAUCAUGUGAAGCAGCGACCAGAGUACCACAACCAGCACAGUUCCAUGAAACUACAUGCAGCAAGAAGAGUAGUUCUCUUUCAAGAAGCAAGAAAAGAUCUUCAGUAAUCAGCAGCAGAAUUGAAAUGAGGAUGCAGCUAAUUGAAGAAGGAAGAGAAUUAUUGCGAAAAGAGAGAGAAUUAGCUAAAGAAGCAAGACAACUACUAGAUUAA